AAAGAAUAUAUUUUUGUGCAUAUAUCAUAUAUGUAUACAAGAAGCUUAAGAAAGAAAUGAAUGAAUGAUGAUGUUCACUUCUCACCUUCCCAAAACCUUUCCUUGAAUCCAACUCUACUCAAAGUCUCAAGACUCUCGAGCAUUCAUACCCUAUUUGCCCAUUCUGUUCUCCUCUGUAAUCUACUCAUCCACCCAACCACAAAAACAAUUCUUAAAAAAGGAAAAAAACACCCAACAAACUGUUCCAUACUUUGCAUCUUUUAUAACCCCCAAAACCAAUCUUUAUAUAUAAAUAUUGUCAAAAAUGACCGAAAUACUACAAUCCCCACCACAGUUAACUUCAUCUUCAAGCUCCACACGAUGUGUAGCAUCCUCAGACAAUGAUGGGUUUCACCAACAGACCCAUCUCAACCACAAUAACUUUAUUAGCAGCCCCAAUUCGUAUCCUGCAACUGUAUACAGGAGAGAUACAGAGGUGGAAGAAGAGGAACAACAAGAGAGUGUUGGAAGGGGUAGAGAGAGAAAGAGAAGAGAGAGAGAAGAGGGGAUCAGUUGUCUGUUUUGGCAGUUUUGGUGACUGUGUUUAGGAAAUCUUUGGUUGCUUGCAGGAGUGAGAGAGUUGAGGAGUUCUAUCCUUCAAUGGAGAUUGGGUUGCCUACAAAUGUCAGACAUGUUGCCCAUGUCACCUUUGAUCGAUUCAAUGGAUUUCUUGGUCUACCUGUUGAGUUUGAACCUGAAGUUCCCAGGAGGCCUCCCAGUGCCAGUACAAGUGUUUUUGGAGUUUCAACAGAGUCUAUGCAGCUUUCAUUUGACUCCAGAGGGAACAGUGUACCUACAAUACUUCUGAUGAUGCAAAGGCGCCUGUAUGCACAAGGGGGCCUGCAGGCAGAAGGAAUUUUCCGAAUUAAUCCUGAGAAUAGCCAAGAAGAGUAUGUCAGGGAACAAUUAAAUAGGGGAGUGAUACCUGAUGACAUUGAUGUGCACUGUUUAUCAGGUCUCAUAAAGGCUUGGUUUAGAGAACUACCAAGUGGGGUGUUGGACUCUCUUUCACCAGAGCAGGUCAUGCAGGCCCAAUCAGAAGAGGAGUGUGCUCGGCUUGUGAGAAUCCUCCCCCCAACAGAAGCUGCUCUGAUGGACUGGGCAAUAAACCUGAUGGCUGAUGUUGCUCAACUGGAGCAUCUAAACAAAAUGAACGCACGCAAUAUAGCUAUGGUGUUUGCACCAAACAUGACUCAGAUGGACGAUCCUUUGACUGCGUUGAUGUAUGCUGUCCAAGUGAUGAAUUUUCUCAAGACACUUAUUGUCAAGACAUUAAGAGAAAGAGAAGACUCCAUACUAGAACCAGGUCCAGCACCCCACUUAGAGCCUUCUGAUGAAAAUGGACAGCAUAGCUCUUUGCAACCGCUAACUGAAGAGGCCAAUGAGGCAACUGAUCAAGAGGAUCAACCUUUUGUUGCCAAAGAACCGCUCUCAGAAAGCCCUGCCCACCCUGGUCAGGGGGACUCCAGAAGAGACUCCAAAGCUCAUGGUUUUCUCACUUCUAUUGAGAAUAUCAUUUCUGAUGAAAAGUGGCAUCUGGUUGACAAUUUCUCUAGUGAAGUUCCAAAUGAGGUUGAUCCAAUGAAGGACGGGCUUGAAGAGGGUGCUAAUGUGAGAAGUGGAAGGGUUAAGUCGAAAAAUCGUAAGACCAAAACUGGCCAGUCAAGUAACUCCAAUCAUAAGAAAGGAUCCAGAAAAAAUAAUGAGCAGCCUGUUGUUCGCGUAUCUGGGCAUGUAGAAAAGAGCAAGGAAACCAGCAUUCUUAGUCGAUUAAAUUCAAGAACAGAACGGGUUGAAGCCUGGCGGUGAAUGGCAUUGGACUCUGUUCUGGGAGGGAUU